AUGGUAGCCAGCAACCAGGCUCCGGAAUCCGUCUACCAGCGCCGCUACCAUCAAUGGGAUCGUCGCAAAUCAGUGUCAAUAGCCAGGGCACUGCGUGUUCUCCCAUGGAGUAUUGGCAUAGCGGACGUUGAUCAUUUGUGUCUAUCGUUCUAUGAAUCUGUCAUGUGUCCCGUUGCUGUCACUGUUGACGAUGAGAAUAACAAUCCGCUCCGCAGUACGGUGAUGCGUAUGGCUUUCAGGUCGGAGUUGACGUAUUAUGCAGUCCUCAUGGCUAGUUCUCAGUAUAUGCGCUCGUUUGAUUCGCGAUACGCAAUCUUGGAGAUGCAAGUGCGGCAACGGGUACUUGGAGGGUUGCGACAAGCAUUGGCACGAGAGUCUUGGGACACUGAGGAUAUUUCCGCCAGCUGUGACUCGUCCUGGGUGCGUCAUUUUACUUGCUUCCAGCUCCUUGUCAAGCGGGCAGCUCAAGGGAGCUUUUGCAAGUCCUUCCUGCACCGAUUCUUUGUCAGUUACUUCUCUGCACAUCUGGUACUCGCCAAGUCUAUGUUUCCCAUUGAGGGUUUGCUGCCUGUCGUUGAACCACCACUUCAUCUUGACACUAAGAGCACACCGGCUCUUACCCUGGAUCUGCGCGAGACUUCCUGGACCUCGACAGCCGCCUUGUUGGGCGUGAUGGAUUCGAACACUCUUCAUCAAAUAGACAUAUGGAACGGCCUCAGUGAUCACCUUCUUCUCUUGAUAAAUGACACAUUGACUAUCAGAGAGGAUGUUCUUGCUUUCAAUCGCCGUCAUACUUCGGAUCUACCGACAGUGAUUGUUGCAGCUCAAGCGUCAAUUGAAACCAAGAUACUAGGCUUGAGAGCCAGCAUUGGCAAUGUCACGCAAACGCUUCCAGACUCAUCGUUAAACUACCGCCAUGCCACCGAACGCGCUAACUCAUACCGCUUGCUAGAGCAUACAGGCGAGGCUUAUCGUCUUGCCGCUUUUCUGCUCCUCUCUGAAGCAUCCAAAUCUUCAUUCUUAGGGUUCACGCCAACUAAUAUCAAAGAGUUUGAUUCUGUGCAAAUACAGGAUCACGUCCACACAAUUCUUACUCUGGUGGAUAAGAUUGUCUCGAAACUAGACUUCUUACCCAUCUCCUGGCCUCUAUGGCCCCUCUUCAUCGCGGCUUGUUGUAGCGAUCCAGAUUCGGAGGCACAGGCCAAGGCUCUAGCGUUGUUUCGGACUGCUCGAGAAAAAGCGCCAUACGAAAACACAAUGAGGGCACAGACCUUAGUUGAGCUGCUAUGGAAACGCCGUACGCUGAAUUCAGAUGGAGUCGCACAGAUACGCAUUGGUCGCUUCGAAUGGGAGGAGGUCAUGGAGUUUCUAGGGUGGCAAACGAGUCUUGCUUGA